ACUAGCAAGCAAUCGCCACAGCCGCAAACAAGUUGUGAUUUGGUUUUUGGAAUAAUUGGGUAAUAAGGACGAGAGGGAACAAGCAGUCAUGGAGGAAGUGGCGCCGCGUUUAAAGGUGCUGGAAGAGGCUUUCCAAGGCAAUGGCAAUGGAUGCGCCAGUGUGGAGGCCACCCAGUCAGCCGUGUCUCAAGUGCUGACGCGCGUCAAUCGCUUCCAAGUCCGAGUCCGCAAGCACAUCGACGACAACUAUACGGAGUUCAUGCCCAACCACACGUCGCCAGAUAUUUUCCUAGAAGAGUCGGCCUCCCUAGACCGGGAGAUCCACGACCUUUUAGAGACAGUGGGCGCCGAGGGUUUGAGUGCCUUGGACGAGGCAAAUGCCAAGUUGGCGGACAGCGGAAGACAACUGCGCGAGAUCCUUUUGGGCCUAAGAGUCAGUGAGCAUGUGCUGAAGAUUGACGAGCUGUUUCAGUGCGUAGAGGAAGCCAAGGCUAUGAAAGAUCACCUGGUUAUCCUUGAUCUUGUCGGUCGUUUAAGAGCAUUUAUUUAUGGAGACGAUGCCGGAGACGGGGAUUCGCUUGUGACCUUGCCCGAUGUGCGACGCGUCUUCCAGGCACUAGAGUGCUAUGAGACAAUAAGAGUGAAGUACCACGUACAGGCCCAUCUUCUGCAGCAGAGCCUUCAGGAGCGGUUCGAUCGACUGGUGCAGCUCCAGUGUAAAUCCUUCCCCAAAUCGCGCUGCGUCACUUUGCAGGUGAGCCGGGAUCAGGCGCAGCUGCAGGACAUCGUUCAGGCUCUCUUUCAAAAGCAUUACAAUCCGGUGCGCCUCUGCGAAUUCCUGCUGGAGAACUGUAUCGAACCGCUGAUCCUACGGCCGGUGAUGGUGGAAUACAGUGAAGAUGCCGACGGUGGUGCCUACGUCCGUUUGUCACUUUCCUACGCCACCAAAGAGACCAGUUCUGCACAGCUACGCCCGAACUACAAGCAGGUUUUAGAGCAUUUCCGGCUGCUGCUGCAAACUCUGUCUGGGAUCAACAGCAGUGUCUCCAGCGAGCAGCACGUUUUUAGCAUCAUUGGCGAUCACGUUAAGGAUAAGAUGCUGCAGCUUCUGGUGGACGAGUGUCUGAUACCGGCUGUACCAGAAACCAUGGAGGAGUACCAGUCCUCAACGCUUUGCGAAGAUGUCGCACAGUUCGAGCAGUUGCUUGUGGACUCAUUCCUUAUCAAUGCAGACCACGAUCGUGCACUGGUGCAGUUCGUCGAACAGUACGAGACCUACUACCGCAAUCGACUGUCUAGACGGGUUUUAGAAAUGGCACGCGAGAUCAUUCAGCGGGAUUUGCAGGAUAUGGUGCUAGUUGCGCCCAACAACCUCUCCACCGAAGUGGCUAACGAUCCCUUCCUCUUUCCACGCUGCAUGAUUUCAAAAAGCGCACAGGAUUUUGUUAAGCUGAUGGACCGCGUCCUGCGUCAACCAACGGAAAAAUUAGGGGAUGAGGAAGCCGAUCCUCUAGCCGGGGUCAUUGCCUUGAUGCUGAACACCUACAUCGAUGAAAUUCCCAAAGUGCACCGAAAGCUGCUUGAAAGCAUUCCGCAGCAGGCGGUGCUGUUCCACAAUAAUUGCAUGUACUUCAGCCACUGGGUGGCUCAACAUGCCAAUAAAGGAAUUGAAAGUUUGGCGGCUUUAACGAAAGCGCUGCAGGCCACAGGCCAGCAGCACUUCCGGGUGCAAGUCAACUAUCAAGCGCGUAUUCUAACGGAGAUCAUGGACGGUUUCGAGUUCGAGAGUCCGCACACGCUGGGCUCCGGACCACUGAAGCUGGUGCGCCAGUGUCUUCGACAGUUGGAGCUUCUAAAAAACGUGUGGGCCAAUGUGCUUCCGGGGAAUGUUUACAAUGCUACCUUUUGCGAGCUGAUCAACACCUUUGUCGCUGAGCUCAUCCGUCGAGUGCUCACGCUGCGCGAUAUUUCUGCCACGAUGGCCUGCGAGUUAAGUGACCUCAUCGAUGUGGUGCUGCAGCGGGCGCCCACCCUUUUCCCCGAGCCAAACGAAGUGGCCCAGGUUCUCUCCUGGCUACGGUUGCAGCAGUUAAAAGCCAUGAUGAACGCCUCGCUUAAGGAAAUCACGGAACUGUGGUGUGAUGGCGCGGGACCGCUGACCGCCAGCUACAAGUCGGAAGAGAUCAGGCACCUAAUCCGGGCGCUCUUCCAGGACACAGACCGAAGGGCCAAGGCCAUUACACAGAUAGUUUAGUUUCCACACUAAAUCCACAUAGAUUUUUAGAAAGCGAGAAAUGUUUACAAGUGAAGUCUCAUCAUUUUCAAAAUUUAUAUAUUAAACAAAGUGGAGUGUGAAUUGAUGAAUAAUGGUUAUUGUAGGUAAAUAGCAUGUGUUAUUUUUGGAACUUACUAAGCAGAGAAAUUUUGAAGUAGAGUUUAAGUCAGUUCUAAAGCCCAAUUUAAUAAUUUGAUAAUCUUUAGUUCUUGUUGGUUUCCUUGUGUUUUCAUUUUUGCAAUUGAAUUUGUAAUGAAAUAAGCAUCCAGUUUAGAUUACUUCUUUGAGCCACAAAGAUAUCCAUAAUGCCCGUAAAACAACACACAUUCUCUAUCUUAAGCUUUAUUUAAAAUAAUAAAAACAACUCAAACCACAA